ACAAAUACUCCAGACUAGGUCUAAAAUAAAAGUAGACUUUAGAAAGAUCUAGAUCUAGACUAUAUUUCUAGAUCUACACCUUUUUAUAAUAAAAUAAUUUAAAUCUAUAGAUUUAAUUAAACCUUUACGGAAAAUAUAGAUCUAGAUUAAUCUAAUUUAAAAGAAUUCGAUCUCAUAGUUUAAUUCAUUUCAUUGCAAAGUUCUGCCAAAAAUUAUGGUGAUAUUUGCCGCCAUUUGUGAUGGCUUCCUUUAAUGAUUGAAGGUGUUUGUUUACAUUAAUUCGGCGUUAUUCAGGUCCUUAAGCAUCAACAAACAUUAAUGACUUGAUAUUAUAACGUUAAUAGGAUGUAUAUUAAACAGGUUAUUAUACAAGGUUUCCGGAGUUACCGGGAUCAAACUGUUGUUGAACCAUUUAGCUCAAAACAUAACGUUAUAGUUGGUAGAAAUGGAUCAGGCAAAAGCAAUUUCUUCUAUGCCAUCCAGUUUGUGUUAUCUGAUGAAUUCAGUCACAUGCGACCUGAUCAGAGACAGGCAUUACUGCAUGAAGGCACCGGCCCUAGAGUUAUUAGCGCUUUUGUGGAAAUUAUAUUUGAUAACUCAGACAACAGAAUUCCAAUUGAAAAAGAUGAAGUUGUGCUUAGAAGAGUUAUUGGUUCAAAGAAAGACCAAUACUUUCUGGACAAGAAAAUGGUUACAAAAUCUGAUGUAAUGAAUCUGCUUGAGAGUGCUGGAUUUUCAAGAAGUAACCCAUACUACAUUGUAAAACAAGGAAAAAUUAAUCAGAUGGCAACUGCUCCUGAUUCUCAGCGCUUGAAACUUCUAAGAGAAGUAGCUGGAACUAAAGUAUAUGACGAGCGCAAAGAAGAAAGUAAUGGAAUAUUACAAGAAACAGAUGGUAAGAGAGAGAAAAUCAAUGAUCUCCUCAAGUACAUUGAAGAAAGACUUAAUACUCUUGAAGGGGAGAAAGAAGAACUAAAAGAGUAUCAAAAAUGGGAUAAAAUGCGCAGGUCAUUAGAGUACACUAUUCAUGAUCAUGAAUUGAAAGAUACAAGAAAAAAGUUAGAUGAACUUCAGUCUAAAAGAGACAACAGUGGGGCCAACAGUACAGCUCUGAGAGAUGAGUUAACAGCAGCUAAUGAUAAAGUUAAAACAAUAAACAAAGAUUUGAAAGAGCUAAAAGCAAGAAUGCAAGCGGCACUAGAAGAAAAAGAUAGUCUGUCUGCUGAAUAUCAAGAAUUGACCAAGAAAAACUCCAAACUAGAACUAAGCAUUAGAGAUAUUAUUGAAGAUCAAAAAGGGAACCAGAACCAACGGGCAAAAGCUGAAGCAGAGCUGGCCAAAGUCAAUGAAAAGAUUAUCAAAACCCAAGCUCAAUAUGAAGCCAUUUGUCAGGAGUACCAAAAUAAACUUGAUAAUGAAGAAAUAUGUUCAGCUAGACUUGCUGAAGCUGAUCAAAAAAGAAAAGAACUCUAUGCCAAACAGGGUAGAGGUAGUCACUUUCAGUCAAGAGAAGACAGGGACAACUGGAUUAAAAAAGAAUUAAAGUCUUUGAAUAAAGCCAUCAAAGACAAGGAAGAGCAGAUUAGUAGAUUGCGUGAUGCUCAGCAACAAGGUCAGGGACAGACUACCAAUCUAAUGAAAGAAAUUGCUGACCUGGAAAAAGAUUUAGAAAACAGAAAGCAGGGUAUUGAAGAUAAUAAUAGAAAGUUUGCAGAGAUGAAAGCUGAUAAAGAUGCAAAACAAAAUAUUAGAAAUACAUUAUGGCGUCAAGAAAAUACACUACAGCAGCAGCUAACCACUACAACAGAAGAGCUGAACAAAAGACUUCAAGGCUUACGCUCUCUCACUGGAAAAGGGAUGUUAAAUGGCAUUGAUAGUAUACAGAAAGUAUUACAGUCCUUCCGAGAGCAAAACAAGUAUCCUGAGGUCUGUGAUGGUUACCAUGGUCUACUGAUUGAAGCUUUUGAGUGUGAAAAAGUUUACUACACAUGUGUUGAAGUCACUGCUGGCUCUCGUUUGUUUCAUCACAUUGUAGAUACAGAUCGUACAGGAACAAUAUUGUUAAAAGAGAUGAACAGGCUUCACUUACCUGGAGAAGUAACAUUCAUGCCAUUGAACAGGCUAGAAAAUAAAGAUACACCUUAUCCAGAUACUUCAGAUGCUGUUGCUAUGAUUAAAAAACUUCAGUUUGACAAAAUGUUUGAUCCAGCUAUUAAACAUGUUUUUGGAAAAACAUUGAUAGCCAGAAACAUGGAAGUUGCAACGCAGUUUGCCCGUACUCAGAAUCUAGACUGUAUCACUUUAGAAGGUGACCAAGUUAGUCGAAGAGGUGCAUUAACAGGUGGUUAUUAUGACACCCGUCGUUCACGACUUGACCUACAGAAAAGUAAAGUUGAAUUAACAGAAGCCAAGCAGCAACAAGAAAUGGAAUACCAGAGUCACAGAGUAGAACUGGAGAAAGUGGAGCAAUAUAUCACUAACCUUCUUUCUGAAAUGCAGAAAUUAGAAACCAAAAAUAGUAAAAACAAAGAUGCUUAUGAAAAAGUUCAAGCAGAUUUGAGAUUAAAAAAAGAAGAAUUGGCCUCAUUACAAAAUACCCAACCAUCCAGAGGCAAAAGUGUAGCUAGCCUAGAAUCUAGUUUGCAAGCGAUGAAAGGUCAAGCGGAGGCUCUAAAGGAAGAGCUAGGGACAGAGCUUCAGUCUCAGUUGAGUGUAGAAGAUCAAAAACAAGUAGACUUUUUAAAUGACCAAAUAAACAAACUAACUCAGGAGAAUAGGCAGGCUUGGCAGGAAAGGAUUAAACUUGAAACUGAGAAAAACAAAUUGGAAAAUGUACUCAACAACAAUUUAACAAAAAAACGUGAGAGACUUCAACAAGAUUUACGAGAAGUUAGUCUAGAGGAACAGGACAAAAGACUGACUACUUACAGAGCUGAUAAAGCAGAAGUAGAGAAACGAAUUGCAGAGUUAGAUACCCAGACAUCAGAAACUGACAGUAUGAUUGAAAAACUUAAUAAAGAACAAAAGCAACUACAAACACAGUUGGAGCUUUGGAGAGGUAAAGAAAGAGAUAUUCAGGAGAAAAUUGGAGAAGAUGCCAAAGAGCUAGAUAAAAUAUCACAGAAGCAAAGUUUAUUGAUUAAAAAGAAAGAAGAUUGCAUGAAAAAAAUCAGAGAAUUGGGAUCUCUUCCCUCAGAUGCAUUUGAGAAAUACCAAAAUAUGAAUUUGAAACAGCUGUUUAAGAAACUGGAAAGUUGUAACCAACAACUGAAGCGCUACAGCCAUGUAAAUAAAAAAGCUUUAGAUCAGUUUGUAAAUUUCUCUGAACAAAAAGAGAAAUUGAUGAAAAGAAAAGAGGAAUUAGACAGUGCACAACAGUCAAUCAUAGAUUUGAUGAAUGCACUUGAUCAUCGAAAGUAUGAAGCUAUUCAGCUUACUUUUAAGCAGGUUUCUCGUUACUUCAGUGAAAUCUUUAAGAAAUUAGUUCCUCAAGGUCAUGGUGUGUUGGUUAUGAAGAAAGGAGAAAUAGAGGGUGAUGGAGCUGAAGGUGACAUCCCCCUUGUAGAACAAUUUACAGGUGUUGGAAUUAAGGUUUCUUUCACUGGAAAUAAAGCAGAAAUGAGAGACAUGCAGCAACUUUCAGGUGGCCAGAAGUCAUUAGUCGCCCUGACUCUCAUUUUUGCAAUUCAGAAAUGUGAUCCUGCCCCCUUCUACCUGUUUGAUGAGAUUGACCAAGCCCUGGACUCAUCACAUAGGAAGGCUGUUGCUGACAUGAUCCAUGAACUAGCGCAAGAAGCUCAGUUUAUUACCACUACCUUCAGACCAGAGUUAUUAGAACAUGCUGAUAAAUUUUAUGGUGUUAAGUUUAGAAAUAAGGUGAGUCAUGUGGAAUGUGUAACAAGGGAAGAAGCAGAAGACUUUGUAGAAGAUGAUGCAACACAUGGUUAGAUGGGACAUCUUGGAAAGGCCAGUGACUUGUAAAAAAGAGAGGCUGCUGUUGUAUGACUGUGCAGGCUGACUGAUCAAUUGUUAAUAUUGGCUGUUUUAAAUCCAUCAUUAGCAGCAACAUUUCAGUUGAAAACUUGUAUUCCCAAAAUGUCCUUAGCAGACAAGUUUGGGAGUUAUUAUAAAUUAAUAUUUUUUAAUUAUUUUUUUUUAGAAUGUUUGUUCUUAUCAACAUUUUGUGUGUUCUUAUAGUCUGUAUGCUCUGCUAGUUGAAUGAUUGAACAGAUUAAGUUAGAUAUAACUGACACCAGGAAUCGCUUGUCACUAGAAUUAAGUGCCAUACUUGCUAUGAAAGUUUUAUCGAACUCUGAUAUAAAAAGGAAAAAUCUAGUCUUCAUUACGUCUUGAAUUCUUGGAAAUAUUUUGAUGUCACUCUUAGUUCAGUUCCAUGAUAAACUGAGUGGCUAUUGAUUGCUACAUUGUGAACUCUAGGCAAUAAUUUCAAUAGUAUCUUCACUGCAAUUUUGAUUGUGACUGUUUGUUUAUUUGUAUACUUAGUUGUCAAUUUGUGUUUCUUCUUGAAUGGAUAUGUUCUAUAGAAUCUAGUUUAUGUGGUGGAGCAUGCAGUUUCAGAUGUUUUACAAUGAUCUGCUUUUCUAUUAUUAUUUUUUUAAUGAUUCUUUUCUAAUUUUUCAUGACAGUUACCAAAACUGUUGGUAUUUACUGAUGCCUGAUAACAUUUCACUUUAUUAAAAAUAUAAUUUAUUUUUUAUAGACAAAAUACAUUUACUGAACUUGGAAGUUAAAAUAUAUAAAUUGCAUUUUUUGUGUGUGGCUUCUCAGUAAAAUGUCAACUAUUGAUUCUUUUAUUUUCUAGACACUUACCAUUUGGUCUCGAAGAAUUUAUUUGUUCCAAAUGUAUUUGAUAGAAUUGUUUUAUGUUCUGAGGAAAUAUUUUCUGCUUAUUUAUGUGUUUAUUUAUUAAGAAAUAACAAACGCUUUAAAAAGUAAAUAGAAAAAAGAAUAGAAAAAAUAGAAAGUCGCUUUCAGAAGAAGAAAAAAUAAGCAAUAAUCACUACAAUUCAAAAUUCAAUAUAUUUAGUGUACAUGCUACUGUCAAUAUUGAUGAAUAGUCUUACUAUGACCGAAUGAGACUAGUGAAGACCUUUCAACAUGUUUGCUGUCCUAAGUCCCAUUUGUAUAUUUGUCUAAAAACUUUUUAAUUGUGUACUUUUUUUUUUUUUUUUUUUUUUGGGACCACCUGUUGAAAAUGCUUUUAAUUAAUUUUUAAAAAUAACGUUUAUUGUUUUGGGAUCCAGAACACACAAUGUUAACAUUUUUAUGUUAUUCUAUGCUUGUUCUUAUUCUGAACAUAUAUUUUUAUAAUAAUUUUACUCUUGGACAUUUAGACAUUUUUAUAACAAAGCAGCAAGCCUUUGCAUAGUACUAGUAAACUGAGGAAAACAAAAAUACAAGAACACUACUACAUCAUAGACUAAAUCAUCACACUUUGAACAAAGUUUUAGUUUCAUGUUUGGUGGUUAGAAUUCACAGUGUCUACAAUUGAACUGAAGUUGUGUUUCAAUAUAUUUAUUAUUUAUAUCUGUGAAUAUAAUAUGUAGUCUCUUCACAACAUCUUAUUCUUGAUUACAGGUUUUUUUUUUUAUUGUGCAAGAAAUGAUAAUAUUUGUUGGUAAAGUUUUUGAAUUUUGUUCAGUGAUUUUUUUCCAUGCUAUAUUUUUUAAGGAGAAUGAUAGUAGUGGUAGAGUUACAUCUGUAGGCCACCUUUCAAAUAAUGUUUUGUUCAUACUUGCAUCAAGCUUCUGCUUCUUGUACUGUUUGGUUCAGAAUUGUUUCAACACUUCAGUUUGUCUAUGACUGGAUCAAAUGAUGGUAUAAUGUGCGAUGUACGUGUCCAGAUUAAGAUGGACUGUGUUUUGUGUCCAGAUUAAGAUGAACUGUAAGAUGUAUUGUGUCCAUAUUAUGAUACACUGUGAGAUGUAUUUGUGUCCAGAUUAUGAUACACUGUGAGAUGUAUUGUGUCCAGAUUAAGAUGGACUGCAAAAUGUAUUGUGUUCAGAUUAUGAUACAUUGUGAGAAAAUCUGUAAGAGAUAGUACCUGGUGCCUUUAUCUGAAUGUGUUAUGUUUGAACUUGCUGAAUGAAGGAGUCAUUUUGUCAUGCAUCCUGUUCUGUAUUUUAAUUUUUGUCCACAUAUGAUUGUCAUCUCUGUUGUCAUUCAUACUACAGUGUAUCAUCAUAUAGUUUUAAUAAACCCAUAACUUGUACAUAUAAAAUAUUAGAUAUCUUUUUAAUUGUUCAUGUUACCUUACCAAUACAUCAUUACAUAUUAUUGUCUUUAAUUCUGUAUAUAGUUAGUAUUAGUCUUCUUUUGAUUUUUGUCAGUACUGUGUAGGGCAUACACCUUUCAUUUAUCAGAUGCUUUGUUUUGUAGUGAUGGCCUUGUCUCAAGCACCCCCUCCUCCCCUGUUCAUGAGGUGUUAGCCUCUUCAAUUUAAAGAUAACUUGUUGAAAGAAUAAUUAAAAAAAAAAAAAAAAGAAUGGUCUGACUGUUCUGCCUUUUGGCAAGAUUUAUUUUUGAAAGGCAGCAAAUUGUAACUGAUACAUAUGGCAUUGUAUGUUCAACCAUACUCUAGUAGACUCAAUAUGGGUGUGUCUUGAUUGUGGGUGUGUCUAUAUGUUUUCAUUGUGGCCCCAGUGUUUUUCUUUCAUUACUGUGUCAGCUGACUACUGCCAAGGUAUAUACAUAUAUAUUUAUAAUAAAACCUGUAUUGUCAAUGUUGAGAUAAUUAAAUUGCACAAUGUAACAAUGGAGCGUCAUAAUCUAUUAGCUGUGUUCUGACCCCCCCCCCCUUUCUUGAUGUAUGAAGAAAUUAAAAGAGACUAAAAGAGGAAGUUUUUAUUUCAUUGUGAUUUAGUGUGUCCCCCCCCCCCCUUCUUUUUCCCCUCAAUGUAAAUAUGUAUAUAGUUAUUGUUUCACUUUUGAUGAGUUUCCCAUCACAGUUGCUUGCAUUGUUUCCAGCCACGGACUGGGGACUGAAUCAAUGGAGAGAACUACGUGUUCUGUGCUGUUUAUAUCAUUUGAUUGGCUGUAGAAUAUUGAGAUCAUCCUCAUCCUUGAUAUUUCUUUUGGUAGUGUUUCUGUGUUAGUAAUUUGUACAGUUUGUUCCUUUAUUUUGGAAAGUUGACAUUUUAUUUUUGGUAUUCUUUUUUUUUUUGUUUCUUUCCUUUUCAUUUCAAUGUAAAGAUCUAUACAUUUGAUUUUAUUUAAGAUGGAAUUAUAAUAAAUAUUUGAAUAUUAUUUCAAAAGUGAAA